AAUCCGGCCUGAGCACCAGUGUGGGGGCGGAGUGAGUGACGGGAGAGCUGUAGUUCGGUGGCCAUCGCCUUGGAGUAUUCUGUGAUCAGCUCAUGGAUCUAGGGGAGUUGUGACAAAGUAGCUGCGGAGGAGGAUGGUCCCAUCGCAGCCUCCUCUGUGCUUCUCCAGGGACGGCUUAACGUGGAAAGUGGCUGGCGCUCUGCAGUAUCUGCUGCUGCUGCCGCCCGGCCUCUUCCUGUUUCCCUUGUUCCUGCUGAAUGGGACCGCACUCCCGGUUGAGAUCAAGCCGUUGGUUGAAAGUGAACAGUUGCUGUGGAUAAGUGGCACAACUGGCCAUGUUGACACCUUUAGGAUCCCCCUCAUUGCAGUCACCCCCCAUAAUAACCUCAUCGCUGUGGCAGAAGCUAGAAAGUAUUCAUCAGCGGAUAUUGGUGCUAAGUUCAUUGCUAUCCGCACGUCUAGUGAUAAAGGUGAAACCUGGAGCCCAACCACCUUCCUUGAUAAUGAUGGUUCAAAGAUUGAUGGCCUAAAUUUGGGGGUAAUAUUGGUUGAUGAAGAGAAGGAUCUCAUUUUUAUCAUUUACACAACAUGUGCCCACCAUUAUUACUGUAACAUUUCCAGCACACUACUAAUUGAGAGCAGAGAUGAUGGGAGGACCUGGAGCCAACCAAGAAACCUGUCUAAAAUGAUUGGCACAAAAAUGUUUGCACCUGGCCCUGGAUCUGGCAUUCAGAAAAAGUACAAUCCAAAGAAAGGUCGUUUGAUCGCCUGUGGACACGGGACAAUUGAGGAAGAUGGGAUAUUCUGCCUUUUCAGUGAUGACCAUGGGAAGACCUGGACAAAUGGAGGGAGUCUUAAGGGAAUUCCCUUCAAUCAGCCAAAAAAAUUCUUUGACUUCAAUCCUGAUGAAAACCAGCCCUAUGAAUUAUCAGAUGGUACCGUGGUGAUUAACGCAAGGAAUCAGAAUUUCUACCACUGUCACUGUCGAAUAAUAGUGAAGAGUUACGACGCAUGCGAGUCCUUACCACUAGAAAGUGUGACCUUUGACGAGACUCUGAUAGACCCGGCUGUGGCUGCUGGAGCAUUAGUCAAAAAUGACAUUGUUUUCUUCAGUAAUCCUGCAAACCCAUUCAAACGUGUAGAUCUUACUCUUAGGUGGAGUUAUGAUAAUGGAAAGUCGUGGGUAAAGGACAAAAUAUUGCUCUGGCAUGGCGCAAGUGGUUACUCCUCCAUGACUACUUCCAACAACGCAAGCAAAGAGCAAUGUAUCUACUUAGCUUUUGAGAAGGGCAUGACAGAAAUAACGGAAUCCAUAUCAUUUGUGAAGAUUCGCAUUAACUAAAUGCCUGUCAUCUCUUCUUUUUACCUGAGCAGCUCCAUGGGAGUGUAAUUCAAACAAGCUUAAGAAAUCACAGGCUCCAGUUUAUUUGGGAAAAUAAUUUAUUUUUAGAUAACUGCACAAAUUACUAGUUUUAAGGCUUUGUUUAAAUAGGGUUUCUGUAUUUUAAAUUGAAAUCAAUAUUUUAAAAUUCCAAAUUUAUUUACUAUCUUCUCUCUCCCUGCAAAUUGUAGUUUUCUUUUCCUUAACUUAAUGAUGAGUAUGUGAUGUGGACUUAUCACCAUCUCUAUGAUCGAUUUGCAGUAUGAAAUGUUUGAACUUGAGAGCACCCUGGUUCUGUACCUGACCCUAAACACCUGCCUUUUUUCCGAACAUUAUCUCCAGGACUAUGUUGAUGCUGCUGCUAAAUAUGCACUUCUUAAAAUAUUUUUAAAAUAAAAUUUAUAAGAAAUGUGUUUAGCAGGGUGAAGUUGUCAGUAUAUCAAAAUCCAAAAUGGGAGAUUGAGAACACCACUGGCAUCUCUAGCUUUGUGAAAUGAGGUUCUUUACUUGCAUGUGGACAUAGUUACAGAGAUGUUAUUUAGGAGCAAGUGUCAUCCAGGUCAAGCCAUCAAUAAAAGGCGAGUGGGAGAUAGCUUUCAGAAACAGCAUGUUUGUUUUUAAGUCUUGAGGCUAUCCUUUCAAGUCCUGUCAAACAGUUCAAGUGCAAGGCCACAUGAUGUAGCUUCUUAAUAACAGCUGAUCUGAAUGGAUCAGGUGGCCUUUUCUCAUUUGCUUCUUAUUGAGGCUUCCUAGAGUGAAGGUCUGCUGAGCAGGCUGGCACUUCAAAAUAAAGACUUGUAUAUUUUAUUUCCUUGAAGCUAGCUCGUGUGACUUUGUCUUAGUUCCGCAUCAGAGAGUGGUAUGUCACAGACAGUUGGUUUGUAUUUAUGAAGGUGAAAUACUUGAAUAAAAUUACACCUAGGCAGUAGUUAGGGGUUCCAUAAUUGGCUGCAGCACACCUGGGUUAGCAAGCAAUUCACCAUGGUUUUUACUCCUGUCAGGUGAUAGUUCUUUCUGAAACAUGUACAGAUCUGGAUACUGAAUAAUACAAUAGGUUUCAGCUGCAUUAACCUCUGUUUUUCUACAGCUACUGAUAAUGCCGUCAAUAUUUGCAUGUGAUGUGUACCUUAGUUUCACUCUCUUGCUUGUGGCACCUUAUCCCCAGUAUCACUGCAUUCCGAAAAGACUUUUUUUAAGUGUAGAGAAGAGAGGAUAAAGAAAGGGGAUAAAGAGUUUUAUUUGACUAGAUAAAUGAGAUUUAUUUUAAUAAGGGGACAAUAUUUUUAAUGUGUCAACUGUUGGAGAGUUGGGAUAACAUCCUUAAUUUAAUGCCAUAAUUGCAAUUGGGAAUGGGCCCCACUUAAAAUAUUUGAGGAUCCCACCCAGAAUCUAACUUGGGUACCCUCCGUUCAAUGAAACAAAUAUAAAUGAUGUUCGAUACUUGUUUUCUGCAUUCUGUUAACUGUAGUUUUUCUUUUCCUGGAGAGUUUUGCACUACGGUGAAGUCUGUGUUUUUUUUUCAAAAAAAAUCUGGAAGCUGUCCGGAACAAAUGCAAAAUAAUUUUUUUUUAAAUUUUUACUAUUUGUAUAAAUAAUUGGAUUGCUUGUCAAUAAAAUUUCAUAACUUUCCUAAAA